AAUAAUUACUCAUUUGGCGGACACUGGGUCCACCUGAGCACUUGUGGGUCCUGCACAAGCUCAAAAGCAAAACAACUCCCCAACUGAUCCUCCUCUGGCCCCCCAAAGCCUGCGCCUAGGAGGAAGGGGGAGCUCUGGCCCCACCAGCAGCCAUUUCCUGUUGCUCUGCAGCCUUAAUGCAAACCAGACCCCAUCUCGGUGCCUCAUUUGCGUCUUCCUUUCCAGACAGGAGGACGCUGCAGACACUGCAGGAAGGGACAAGUUGGGAGUUUCUGUGCAAAGGGCUUCCUGGCUCUCCCAGAGGCCCUGGAUCACCCACCUCCCACUGCCCCGGUACCACAAAGACAUCCGCUAUGGAGACAGACGGCAGAGGGGAGAUGGAGCUCCUAAGUAGCAGCAUCGCGGCCUAUGCGCACAUCCGAGAUAACCUGGAAAGUGUGGGCCUCUACUUUGUGCUGGGUGUUUGCUUUGGUCUGGUGCUGACACUCUGCCUGCUGGUCAUUCAUAUCUCAUGGCACCCUCAAGCCAUCCCCUCCAAGCACCAAAAAAGCCUGCGGGACUUGAGUGAAGGGGAGGAGGAAGAGGAGGAAGAGGAAGAAGAUACAGCUGACCAUGCAGUUUCUGAGCCCCCAUUAGCCAUGACAGAGUUGCCCUUGGCAUCCCCCAGCACCCCAGAUGGAACCCUCACAAUUAAUGUCUUUGCUUCAGCUGAAGAAUUGGAACGUGCCCAGCGGCUGGAGGAGCGUGAGCGCAUCCUCAGAGAAAUUUGGCGUAAUGGCCAGCCGGACAUUCUGGGAACAGGUAGUGGCACCAUUGGGAGAGUCCAUUACUAUUGAACAACCUCUUCGUUCAUGUCUAAGCUGAGUGGACAACCGUCCUGCACUCCUUGAGGCACUGCCACAAUCGCUGUGCCUGCCAGCCAACCCAGACCUUGAACUAAGAAGGAUAAUGGGAGCGUGGGAGGUGGAGGGCCUUCCUGCGUGUGAGUGACUCUGAUCUGGGCAUGCACACACAGCCAGGGGGAGCCUCGAGGAUCCAUCUGGGCAGGACUCUUGCAGGGGCAUUAAGAGGAUUGCUCCCAAGGACCGGCUUCUCUGAGUCUCUGUGGGGGGCACAAAGGGAGUUGCAGAUGGAGGCAUUUAUAUGUGGAGACAAUGUUGGUUUUCUGCCACGGGCUUUGGAAAGUUCCUGCUGAUCCACUGAGGGAUCUACUCUACAAAGGGAGGAGGCUUCAGCAACCUUGGGCCUGCUCCGUAGAAGUGUGCUAGAUGUUCUGAGGUCAGAGCAUCCAACUGCUGAAAAUGCUUGGCUCAGUGUGGAACGACCCAGCCACGGUCUCAGUUGGCCUGUUGCCUGGGGCCAGGGUACUGUGCCAGUGAUGUGCUCUGCACUCCCUCUUUCCCAGCUGUGGGAGGGCUCUUCUCCCAACUUGCCAAGCCUCAGGAGAUCCCCCCAUUCCUUACCUGAAGUGCCGUAGGAUGUCUCAAGUCUUCCAGAAUUCCCUCUGCUGGGGAGUUUCUUUUGUCCUGUAAAGACGCUCAGCGGCCAGGGGUAAAAGAGGCAGCAG